AUGCCCGCCCUUGAUGGUAUUCACAUCCUCGAGCUGGCAGGCCUGGCCCCGGGCCCCUUCACAGGAAUGAUGCUGGCCGACAAUGGGGCUAGUGUGAUCCGAGUUGACCGCGUUAAACAACCUCAUCAGCCAAGUCCUGACGUUUUGAUUCGAAAUAAGUCUUCAAUCAAGAUCGACCUGAAGUCUGCCGGAGGGAAAGACCUCUUUCUUCGCCUUGUCAAACAUGCCGACGUCCUGAUCGACCCGUUUCGUCCCGGUGUCCUGGAGAAACUCGGCCUUAGCCCGAGCGAAGUCUUACUAAAGAUCAACCCACGCUUGAUUGUGGCUAGAUUGACUGGGUUCAGGCGUGAUGACAAAUAUGCCAACAUGGCAGGCCACGAUAUCAACUAUCUGGCCGUGUCAGGCGUUCUGUCAAUGCUCGGUUCCUCGGCGCCAGUUUCCCCACACAACCGUCCCCUCCCACCCCUCCCACCAGGAAAUAUCCUUGGUGACUUUGCAGCGGGUGGACAUAUGUGUUUCACAGGAAUCAUGCUAGCUCUGUUUGCCCGAUCCAGAACAGGAAAGGGACAGAUCGUGGAAUCAAAUAUGGCAGACGGGGCGAGUUACCUUGCAACAAUGCCGCGCAUCUCAACUAAAAUCCGUGGUCAAUGGGAUGAGCCUCGGGGACAUAAUCUUUCCGACGGAGGAUGUCCAUACUACUAUGUCUACGAAUGUAAAGAUGAUGGGAAAUAUUUUGCCGUCGCCGGGUUGGAGCCGCAAUUCUUCGAUCAGCUAGUGAAAGGACUUGGACUUUGGGAUGAGGAGUGGGUGAAGGAUCGGGAGAAUCGUGAAAAAUGGCCCGCUAUUCGAGUGGCAUUCGAAAAACGAUUUCGACAGAAGACGCGAAAAGAAUGGGAGAAUAUCUUUGAUGGGACUGAUGCUUGUGCCACUCCGGUGUUGACCCAAGGCGAGUUGGAGGCUAGUGGUCAUGAAUUGAGGCCUGGAGUGACGUUGACCGGAACGCCAGCAUUUCCUAUUGGCAAGUCGGGAUGGACUGUAGAGACAUUACGGCCUGGUGAGGGUGGUGAAGAGGCAUUGAAUGAAUGGCUGGGCUGGAAGAAAGGUCGUGAUUUUAGCAUUCUAGAGGGAGGAGUGCAAAGUACAUCGGGCUCAAAGUUAUGA